AUGAAACUGUUCCAUAGGAUUAGGCCUACGUUAAACCACUGCUACUUAAGAAGAGAAGAGGAAACAGGAGCCUCCUUCAGCUCCUAUCUAUCAAAGCUAUCUAGCACAAGCAAAAAUAACUUUGCAGUGAAGGGGAAGAGGAAAACACUGAAUGCUGGAGAUGUCUUCUCAGCCAUGGAGGAAAUGGAGUUCCAGAGAUUCAUAGCCCCUUUAAAGGAAUCAUUGGAAGUUUACAGGCAUGAGCAAAAAGGCAAGAAAGAAGCAAGGAAAGACAAAAACAAGGCGGCAGACUUUGAGGAACAAGACAAAAGCAGGGAGGAGGAAGAGAAUGAUGAUGAAGAAGAAGAAGAACGGAUGGAGGCAGAGGAACAAAAUGAUGAUGAAGAGGAGGAUAACUGA